GGAACGCACACCUAGAUUAGUUCUGUUUUCUUUUAUUUUUGUAACCGGUAUCUACCUCUCGGCUACUCUUGUCGUUUGGUAAUAUAAAACGCUUUUGGAAAAGAGUUUCUUGUACGUUGAGCGCAGACCGAAAAGUUCAGAAGGAAGAGAAAACCACCGGCUAUUCGACUGGCUGGAAUAAAUGGGAAGAGCCACCUGCUGUGAACAGUCGAGUGGCGCAGGGAGACUCGAACAUUAUCGCCUGUUUUUUAUCUGCGGGUUCAGAAGUACAACUCGGGACUUUUAGGACUAACCAGGACGUGUGUGGGACAUGAAGUAGUGACGGGAUGUGUGUUUCAUGGAUUUAAUGCAAUCAGGAGUGUUUUCAACGCGGAAGGAUAAAUAGAUAAACCUCACUGCGCUGAUGUUGUAACAGAAACGAAAACAUGUCAGUGAAUGAGCUCUACACCAGGUACACCCGGGUUUGGAUCCCUGACCCAGAGGAGGUGUGGAAACCUGCUGAGAUUAUAAAAGACUAUAAGGAGGGAGAGGCGGUCCUGCACCUAAAACUUGAAGAUGAAUCAACCCUGCAGUAUCCAAUCGGUCCUAAAGACAACCCGCUGCCAUUUCUUCGAAACCCUGAUAUCCUGGUGGGAGAGAAUGACCUUACUGCCCUCAGCUACCUGCAUGAACCUGCAGUGCUGCACAACCUCAAGGUCCGCUUCCUGGAGUCCAACCACAUCUACACCUACUGUGGUAUCGUACUGGUGGCCAUUAAUCCCUAUGAGCAACUGCCGAUUUAUGGCGAGGAAGUCAUCAAUGCCUACAACGGGCAGAACAUGGGUGACAUGGACCCUCAUAUAUUUGCUGUGGCAGAGGAGGCUUAUAAACAGAUGGCUAGAGAUGAGAAAAACCAGUCGAUCAUUGUGAGUGGAGAAUCAGGAGCUGGGAAGACGGUCUCUGCAAAAUAUGCCAUGCGCUACUUCGCCACUGUGGGAGGAUCCUUCAACGACACAAGCGUGGAGGAGAAAGUGCUGGCAUCAAGCCCCAUCAUGGAGGCAAUCGGAAAUGCAAAGACGACACGUAAUGACAACAGCAGCCGCUUCGGGAAAUACAUCCAGAUCGGUUUUGACAGGAGAUAUCACAUCAUUGGAGCCAACAUGCGCACGUAUUUGCUAGAGAAGUCCAGAGUGGUGUUUCAGGCGGAAGAUGAGAGGAACUACCACAUCUUCUACCAGCUGUGUGCCUCUGCCUCACUCCCUGAGUUUAAAGAUCUGUCUCUGACCAGUGCAGAAGACUUCACUUACACCUCUUUUGGUCAGAACAUCUUCAUUCCAGGGGUUAAUGACUCUGUGGACCUGAAGAAGACACGGGAAGCCUUGAGCAUGCUGGGUGUAAAGGAGGCCCAUCAGAUGAGCAUCUUCAAGAUAAUUGCCUCCAUUUUGCACCUUGGGAAUGUGGAAAUUGUUUCUGAGAGAGAUGGAGAGUCAUGCCAUAUAGCUAGAAACGACCCUCACCUUGUUCAUUUCUGUGAGUUGCUUGGGGUCGAGCGGGACCAAAUGGAAAACUGGCUGAGCCGUAGAAAGUUAGCCACAGCAACUGAGACCUACGUGAAGAACAUGUCCCGUGACCAGGCUGCUAAUGCUCGCGACGCUUUGGCCAAACACAUAUAUGCCCAUCUGUUUGACUGGAUCGUAGAGCACAUUAACAAAGCCCUGGUUACCUCCACCAAACAGCACUCCUUUAUCGGGGUGUUGGAUAUCUACGGAUUUGAAACGUUCGAGAUUAACAGUUUCGAGCAGUUCUGCAUCAACUACGCCAAUGAGAAACUUCAGCAGCAAUUCAACUCUCAUGUUUUUAAACUGGAGCAGGACGAGUACAUGAAGGAACAAAUCCCAUGGACGCUCAUAGAUUUUUACGACAACCAGCCCUGCAUUGACUUAAUCGAGGCCAAACUUGGUAUCCUGGACCUCCUGGAUGAAGAGUGCAAGGUACCUAAAGGAACAGAUCAGAACUGGGCGCAGAAGCUCUACAGCCGCCACACUAGCAGCGAACACUUCGAGAAGCCGAGAAUGUCCAACACAUCAUUCGUUGUGGUCCAUUUUGCAGAUAAGGUCGAGUAUCAGUGUGAAGGCUUCUUGGAGAAGAACAGGGACACUGUGUAUGAAGAACAGAUCAACAUCUUGAAGGCCAGCAAGUUCCAGCUUGUGGCAGAUCUCUUCCAGGACACGGAUGCUCCUGCUCCAACAAGCAAAACCGGCAAGCACAACGUACGUCCUGCUAAACCCAUGCCCAAAGGACACAACCGUGAGCACCGCAAAACUGUUGGCACCCAGUUUCGGAGUUCUUUACAUCUUCUGAUGGAAACUCUGAAUGCUACAACUCCACACUAUGUACGCUGCAUAAAACCCAAUGAUGUCAAAGAAGCCUUUGUGUUUGAUUCUAAGAGAGCCGUCCAGCAGCUACGAGCAUGUGGUGUUCUAGAGACCAUUCGCAUCAGCGCUGCAGGAUAUCCAUCCAGGUGGACGUACCCAGAUUUCUUUAACAGAUAUCGGGUGCUGAUGAAAAAGAAAGACGUGACUGCUGAUAGGAAGCAGGUGUGCAGAACCCUCCUGGAGACCUUGAUCAAGGAUCCAGAUAAGUUCCAGUUUGGAAAGACUAAGAUCUUUUUCCGAGCUGGUCAAGUGGCGUACCUCGAGAAGCUCCGAGGCGACAAGUUCCGCUACGCUUGCAUUAAGAUGCAGAAGACAGUGAGAGGAUGGCUGCAGAGGAGGCGCUAUCAGAAAAUCCGCAAGUCAGUUGUCUUGCUCCAGAGAUAUGGCCGUGGCGUCUUGGCACGCAGGUAUGCAGAACAGUUGCGUCUCACCAAAGUGGCUCUUAUCUGUCAGAAGCAGUACAGGAUGGCGAGAGUCCGGCGUUCAUAUCUGACCGUUCGCAAGGCUACAGUCACCAUUCAGGCCUUCACACGGGGCAUGUUCACACGCCGCAUGUACCACGAGUACCUGAUGCACCACAAGGCCAGUGUCAUCCAGAGAGCCGUGCGUGGAUGGCUGCAGAGAAGGAAGUUCUGCCGUGCACGUGAUGCAGCGGUGGUGCUGCAGUGCGCUUACAGACGCGUACUUGCCAAGCGACAGCUCAAACAGCUGAAGGUCGAGGCCCGCUCAGCAGAACACUUCAAGAAUCUCAACGUCGGCAUGGAGAAUAAGAUCGUCCAGCUUCGGAGAAAAAUGGAUGAUCAGAAACUCGAGUAUAAGUCGCAGAGUGAGAAGCUGUCUGUAGCCAACACCGCAUUGGUCAUAGAGGUCAGCAAACUGCAGAAGGAGCUGGAGACGGCACAGAGUAGUAAAAUUGAGGCUCCAAAGCUAAGCACUCUCCAGGACGAGGUUGAGAAACUGAGGGCAGAGCUAAAGGAGGCACAUGUCCAGAGAAAGCAGCUUGAGGAGCAGCACAGUACUGAGAAGCUGGGACUGGAACAGAAAGUCCAGGAGUUGGAGAAAGAAAACUCUCUGUUGAAGGAGGAAAAAGAAGCAAUGAACCAGAAGAUACUCCGCCAGUCACAGAGCUCUGGAGGUAAGGGUGGUAAUUUGACUCAGAAAGAGGCUAACCUACAGGCUGAGCUGGAUGACGAGAGACUGCGCUAUCAGAACCUGCUGAAGGAGUUUUCCAGACUGGAGCAGAGAUAUGAAAACCUUCAGGAGGAGGCCAGUUUUGCCAAGUUAGCUCCAGGCCUUCGGAGGAGACCGUCCGACCUAAGCAGCUUGGGCUCAGACUCCACCUUCCCCUCCAUCUCUAUGUCUGAGGUUGGAGACACUGAGGACACUAUUCAGCAGGUGGAGGAUAUGGGAGUGGAGAAGGCAGCCAACGACAUCAGUGUAUUCAUGAAGCUGCAGAAGAGAGUUCGUGAGCUGGAGCAGGAGAGGAAGAGGCUCCAGACUAACUUGGAGAAGAUGGAGGAACUCAACAAGCAAAAGGUGACUGAAGCAAAGCCCUUGGCGUCAGAAGAGGCAGACACACAGGCAGAUCUGGCAUACAACAGUCUCAAGAGGCAGGAGCUGGAAUCUGAAAACAAGAAGCUAAAGAAUGACUUGAACGAACUCAGGAAGUCCUUGGCAGACAGAGCAUCUGAGAACUGCUCAUCCAAUGAACUGCAAGACAGCUACAGUGUUCUGCUCAAUCAGCUCAAAGCGGCCAAUGAGGAGCUGGACGUACGCAAAGAAGAGGUUCUCAUGCUAAAAACCCAAAUCGUCAGUACCCCCAAGCCAUCAGAAAGCAAGGGUCAAAUUAUCUCCAAAGACAUUGAAUGGGACAACAGCAAAAACCCUGUGGACAAGGAGGAGGUUAUACAGGCCUACCAGGGUCUCAGUGAGUCCAAGAGACUGUUGGAGACACAGCUCCAAUCCCAAAACAGGAAGCACAAAGAUGAGCUCGAGGCUCUGCGCACACAAAUUGAGGUGAUGAAGGAGGAUCUGGAGAAGAAACAGGAGAUGCUAAAUCAUUUCAGCUUGCUGCCCCCAGAUGCCCUGGUGGAGUACAGCGUCCAGCAGGAGAUCACACGGCUCACCAACGAGAACCUGGACCUCAAGGAGAUCAUGGAAAAGCUGGAGAAAAAUGAGAGGAAGCUUAAAAAGCAGCUCAAGAUCUACAUGAAGAAAGUUCAGGAUCUUGAAGCCACUCAGGCAGCGGCGAAUCGACCCCGUCUGGUCAGACAGGUCACAGUUCAGAGGAAGGAGAAAGAUUUUGAGGGCAUGCUGGAGUACCACAAAGAUGACGAGGCCGUCCUGAUCAGAAUGCUCAUCACUGACAUGAAGCCACAGUUAGUUUCCGCUACAGUACCUUGUCUCCCAGCGUACGUCCUCUUCAUGUGCAUCCGUCAUGCAGAUUACAUCAACGAUGACAAUAAAGUAAACUCUCUGCUCACUUCCACCAUUAACGCUAUCAAGAAAGUCCUUAAGAAAAACUGUGAUGACUUCGACAUGACGUCUUUCUGGCUGGCUAACACGAGUCGACUGCUGCAGUGCCUGAAACAAUACAGUGGAGAGGAGUCAUUCAUGACCCAGAACACACCUAAACAGAACGAGCACAGCUUGAAGAACUUUGACCUGGCUGAGUACCGGCAGGUUCUGAGUGACCUGAGCAUCCAGAUCUACCAGCAGCUUGUUAGAAUAGCCGAGAGCAUGCUCCAACCCAUGAUCGUGUCAGCUAUGCUAGAAAGUGGCAGUCUGACUGGAGUCAAGCCCCUGGGUUACAGACACCGCUCCUCUAGCGUGGACUGUUACAGCGAUGGCCCGUCAAGCUACACAUUGGAGGCUCUGAUCAAACAGCUCAGUCAGUUCCACACAGUCAUGUCCGACCAUGGUCUGGAUCCUGAGAUCGGCGGACAGGUUGUGCGCCAGCUCUUCUACUGCAUCAAUGCUGUGUCACUAAACAACCUACUGCUGCGCAAAGACAUGUGCUCCUGGAGCACUGGCAUGCAGCUCAGGUACAACAUCAGUCAGAUGGAGGAGUGGUUGAGGGGACGAAAUCUUCAUCAGAGGGAAAUUAUGUUAACCAUUGAGCCCCUCAUCCAGGCUGCUCAAUUGCUACAGGUGAAGAAGAAGACAUCUCAGGAUGCUGAGGCCAUCUGCGCCAUGUGUAAUAUUCUGAGCACACAACAGAUUGUGAAGAUCUUGAAUCUGUACACUCCACUGAACGAGUUUGAGGAAAGGGUCACUGUGUCCUUCAUCAGAGACAUACAGAACCUUCUACAAGACCGUGUAGAAAACAGCCAGCUCCUGGUGGACACCAAGCACACAUACCCCGUGCUCUUCCCUUACACUCCUUCAGCUUUGAGCCUGGAGACGCUGCACAUCCCUGCCUCUCUCAACCUGGACUUCCUUGUCAGAGUUUGAUGUCUCUAUGUUUCUUCUGUGUAUCUCUCUCUCUCUGAGCUCCACCGAGUCAGCCUGGGAGUAGAGUGGAGAGCUAACCUCAUGCAGCACAGCCUCAGCAACCAAAAAAAUACCCUGACAGAUCAUGACAAAGCAAAGCAAGAGUCUUUCUUUAAAAAAGUACAAUAUUGAAGUGCUUUCUGUAUGUCAGAGCAGGUGAGAGAUGCAGGUUAUUGUCCUCUGGUUACUCUUUGGGGUGAAACAGGCAGGGAUUGUCUUUAAAAUGUACGUAAGAGUGCUGGAGAGAACACUGGAGACCAUAAGAUUCCUUGCAGAUUUCUUUUAUUCUUUUAUAAAAGUUUGGUCUAGUUUUCCACACUUUCACUCCUCAGUCCAAGUUCUAAAGUUGGUUAAAAAGUCUUCAUUUUUUUUUAUAAUUUUUUUUCAGCUGUCAGGUAAAACUACUGCUUUGCAGACACAUCUGUACAAUUGAAGAUCAAUUUUCCCAACCAUAAGAAUGCCAUGUUUGCAAACUUUUAUGAUGAGAGGUAAAUGUAUGUGGAUACGUGUAUUUAAAAGGUCUUUUCACGUGAAAUGCAGGAAUUAAGAAGGCUUAAGACUUCCAAGGCUACUGUAAACAAGCAGGACUAGUUGUCAUUUCUUAUUUUUCCCUUUAUCUUUAUUCUUGCUAUAUCAAAUGUCAAGUUUUGGAGAAGGUUUUGCCCUUCAUGUACACAUCACUAUAUUGUGUGUUCCUGAAAGUUUAAAUUAACUUAAUUAACAAUGAGGCAGACAGCUUCUUUUGGAGAUAACCCCACUUGUCUGCUGCAGGUUUAAGUAUGCAGGACAUGUGUGUGUGCACGCUAAGGUUCCUCAUAAGUCCCAUGCUUCAGUUGCCCAGAAAUCUAAUUCACAAUGCAAAAUUGUG